CAUUGUUUUUACCUUUAUAUCAGGCUGUAACAAGGCUCAAUCUAGAUCGGCGCGUCUGUUUUUAACUUCACCGUGUUCAAAAAUGUUACCAGAGGUCCGGUCGUUAACGUUACAGUUAAACGGAGGUUUUAUUUUUAUUUUUUUCACUUCCACUGUCCACGGCUACUUCCUGGUGCCACAGAAAGAGGCAGUGCUGAGUUAAAGAGACAGAAAUACUGGUAGAAAUUCAGACAGAAAAAAAAAACACUGAGAGAGAAGAGGGGCUGGAGACGUGAUAGGAACAGUUGACCGGAUUCCCAGAAAUUGAAAUCGCCCCCCUCUCUCCUCUCUCUCUUUAUUUCUCUUCUUAUUUCUGUAUGUAUUUUGAAUAUUUCCUCGGUGAAUCGAGCGGUUGCUCUCCGGCGGUGCGGAUGACGGUCUGCUGCGGCUGAAGCGGAAUUGUAACGGGGGAACAUAUUCCUCCCUCCGACGGACGGACGGACGGAGAGAAACCUCGCAGAGAUUUCUCCCUUUUUUAUAUAUAUAUUACUAUUAUAUCCACAGCACACUCGGCGUCGGUUUGACUUCUUUUUCUCCCCCUUUUUUUUUUUUUUUUUUUUUUUUUCUUUUUUUUUUUACAACAACACACCGCCCUCCCCGGCUGUCAUUUUUUUUUUAUUUCACGUUGAUAUUAUUUCUAACGACUCCACAAGGAAGGGUUGAGGGGGACGGAAGAUGGGUUGUUUGGGCAACAGCAAGACUGAAGACCAACGCAUCGACGAAAAGGCACAACGAGAAGCUAAUAAAAAGAUAGAAAAGCAGCUACAGAAGGAGAGGCAGGCUUAUAAAGCGACACACAGGCUCUUAUUGCUGGGUGCGGGAGAGUCCGGAAAAAGCACCAUUGUGAAGCAGAUGAGGAUCCUACACGUCAACGGCUUCAACGCUGAAGAAAAGAAACAGAAAAUACAGGAUAUUCGGAAAAACGUGAAGGAUGCCAUAGUGACUAUAGUGUCUGCGAUGAGCACUUUAAUACCCCCAGUUCCAAUAGCCAAUCCAGAGAACCAGUUUAGGAUCGAAUACAUCAAAAGCAUAGCACCACUCUCGGACUUCGACUAUCCACAGGAGUUCUUCGAUCAUGCAAAGAAGCUGUGGGACGAUGAAGGAGUGAAGGCAUGUUUCGAGAGAUCAAAUGAAUACCAGCUCAUCGACUGCGCACAAUAUUUCCUGGACAGAAUUGACUCUGUAAGACAAAGUGACUACACGCCAACAGACCAGGAUCUUCUACGCUGCAGAGUGUUAACUUCAGGGAUUUUUGAGACGAGGUUUCAAGUAGACAAAGUCAACUUUCACAUGUUCGAUGUUGGCGGUCAGAGAGAUGAAAGGAGAAAAUGGAUUCAGUGCUUUAACGACGUCACUGCUAUCAUCUUUGUGGUGGCCAGCAGCAGCUACAACAUGGUAAUAAGGGAAGACAAUAACACCAACAGACUACGGGAAGCACUGGACCUCUUCCGCAGUAUUUGGAACAACAGGUGGUUACGUACUAUAUCGGUCAUUUUAUUCCUGAACAAGCAGGACAUGCUGGCUGAGAAAGUAUUAGCUGGAAAAUCCAAAAUUGAGGAAUAUUUUCCCGAAUACGCCCGCUACACCAUACCAAAUGAAGCAACUCCUGAACCAGGCGAAGACCCGAGAGUGACGCGAGCCAAAUUCUUCAUCCGCGACGAGUUCCUUCGGAUCAGCACUGCGAGCGGCGACGGCAGACACUACUGCUACCCGCACUUCACCUGCGCCGUGGACACGGAGAACAUCCGGCGGGUCUUCAACGACUGCCGGGACAUCAUCCAGAGAAUGCACCUGCGGCAGUACGAACUCUUGUGAUGGACAGCAGAGACACGCCCCUCUCUCUCUGUUGGCCCCUCUGUGUUUCCUCUCUGCCAUUCUGCAUUCUUGAUGAACUCUUUCUACCCCUCCUCCCAAAGCCCACAAACAUCACCCCUCCUGUCGAGGAAUAUGAAGUACUACUGAAGUGUGUCAAAUCCUCUUCCACGUUUCAACAUUUUUUUUUGGCUUUUUCUAAUUUAAUUUCUUUCUUGAUUUCUCCCCUUUAAUCCGAUGUUGUUGGAAGUUUGGGGAACAACGUUGUACCUUGCUGCUUCUUGAGUAUUUUACUUUGGAUCUUUCCUUUUUGAAUGCCUUCAUUUUUUUUGUCAUUCCACUAAGCCUCGGGCUACCUCCUGAUUUAUUAUUUUUUUAUUUUUGCCCCGCUUACUGUAUUUUUUUUCAAAACCAUUUUUGGACCUUCUUUGGUGGGUGUGGAAACAUAAAGAAAAGAAAAAAAAAAAAAAACACUGACAGGACCUCAGUGUAGAGGCAGGAAUGAACCACCGCCAUAACUUCAGCGCCUCCUCCUUCGGCCUCCUUCUUUGCUUCGCCCUGAAGACGAGAGGACGGAGAGGAGUCAAUUCAAGUUCUUUUUGUUGUUGUUUAUUUGAUUUCUAAAGAGGAAAAACACACACAAUGUAGCAUCAUAAUAUUUAUUGCCCGCCCUGUCACAACUUUGGCUCGCCGAGCCGCAGGGCGGGACAAAGCAGCCGAGAGACAUGUGGAGCGAGAGAUGAGAUAAAUGGGGGGGAAACGGAGGCAGGAAAUAAAGCGAUAGCGACUGAGCUCUCUGCACCUUAGCCCUGCUGCCUCCACGGACUCAAACCGGCGUCCUUCUCUUGUUUUAGUUUUUUUGUUUUGUUUUUUUCCACCCUUUCUAGCUUAGAGAUACUGAACGGGAGGAGGGCGGGAGGGGAAACAAAAAUGUAUUUGUUGUUUUUUUUUUGUUAACUUGUACACUGUGCAAGGUUGAAUUAUCCUGUACAGACUGUAAAAUGUAAUAUUAUUUUGUACAACUUAAUUGAAAGAAAAACAAAUCUACUUGUAGAUCUUUGUGCCUUGAUUAUGGCUGUACCUGUAAAUGAGCUCAGAUGUAAGUAUGUUUUCGACUGCGCUGUACAGCUUGAUGUCAAAAACUCUAUCGGCAGCGAAGAGACUGCAGGUAGGGGACUUUCUCUGUAGAGUUUAGUUUUUCUGGUUUAUAAAAAGAAAGGAAAUGCUGUUUAGUAAAAAAAAAUGGGGGGAGGGGGAGAAAAAAUAGGGACAAAAAAAAUCCUGAAAACCUGUAUACAUUAUGCAAAUUAACCACUUACCUGCAGUGAAGACCAGAUGUUGCAGCGCCAUGCCUUUUUUUUUGUUUUGUUUUUCUUUUAUGUUGUUUUAGUUUUCUUUUUUUUUUCUCCUUAUAUAAAUAUAUAAAUAUAUAUAUUUUUUGAAUUUCACAGCUUUAAAGAAAUAUUGGAAAAUCCAUUGAAAGUGUCCAAAUUGCGACCUGGUGUUGUUUUAAUAGGAACCAACUUACUUUUCUGUUUCUUUUGUUUAAUUUUUUUUAAAAUCAAAUUUCCUUUUUUUUUCAGAUGAAGUGUGUGAGAUCUGUUUUGAUGUGCGUGCCUGUGCGCAUGUGUACAUAAGACAAACAUAGACUCACAGACGCAUCGUGUGCGUAUGCGAGGGCGAGUGCGUGUCGUGCGUGUAAAAUUUUAUAAAUGUAUGUACAUGUAAAUUUAUAGGUCUAUAUAAAUAUAUAUGUACAAUUAUACAUGUUUAAUUAUGUGUGUGCCUAGGUGUACAUACCUAUGUAUGUAUACGGUAAAUAUGUAUACAUACACACAUAGGAAAGCAUGUUUAGGAUGGAGAUGAAUAAAUGAGAGCGUGCAAUAUUAGUAAUUCUUUGGUCCUUUGGAGCCAUACUUUAAUGGCACAGGCACUAUGAAUGUGUGAGCAGCACCCAACAAGACGAGCUCUUUUCCUUGUACAAACAGCAUCAGCCUUUUUUUCUUCUGAUACAGUACACGUCUAUCCCCGAAAGAGAGUGAACUGACUGGAGGUGCGAAAAAGCCUUGUUUGGGCCUUGGGAGGAUGAUUUAAAUGACGUUUUUAUUUUCUUUAAAUAAAGAGGCACAUUAGAGGACUUUGCUUUAUUUCCA